AUGUGUGGUAUUUGUUGCAUUGUUACCUUGUGUAGCCAGCAUGCUAUUCAUGAUUUCUUUAAUGAAGACAUACUCUGCCGUCUUAGAAGAAGAGGACCAGACAGUAGCCAACAGUUGAUAAAAACUGUGUCUGAUCCAUGUUAUGAGUGUCUGUUUUCUGGCCAUGUACUUCACUUGAGGGGACUGGUGACUCCUCAGCCUCUGGAAGAUGCCAAUAACAAUAUUUUUCUUUGGAAUGGAGAAAUUUUCAAUGGAGUGCCUGUAGGAGAUCUAGAGAAUGACACAGAAGUAAUGUUUCAUCAUCUCGCAUUAUGCAGUAGUGAAGCAGACAUUUUGUCACUCUUUUCAUCACUUCGGGGUCCAUGGUCUUUUAUUUAUUAUCAAGCAUCUAGACAUUGUUUAUGGUUUGGUAGAGAUUAUUUUGGUCGUCGCAGUUUGCUUUGGCAAUUCAGUAAUGAGGUUGACAGUGCUUUCUGUCUCACAUCUGUAAGUGUUCAUUCUGAAUCGGGUAACCAGUGGAAAGAGGUCCCAGCAUCUGGAAUUUUCAAAAUUGAUCUCAAAGCCUGUGCAUCGACUACAUAUUUGUCUUUAACAUUGUUUCCAUGGAAGUACAGCUGCACAGAGGUAGCAGUAGAAGAAAUAUUCAUUAACAUUCUGGACCAAGUUUCAAAAGACUUACCAAACCAUGUACGUCUCAUGAUGAAUGAAUCAAAAUUAUGUCUCAGAGCACCAGUUAUGCCCUUAAAUAAAACAAUUUCUGAAGCUUCAGGUGAACGUCUGGACAGUAAUAUUAGCAACAUUAUCCAUACGGUUUCUGUAGAAACCCUUCAAGGAUUUCUUGCAGAGGAACACAAGAAAAAAUUAGUCCAUCAGUUUAUUGAUGUUUUGAAUGAAGCGGUGAAGAGACGGGUUUUAUCUCUUUUUAGAGAACAAGAUCAGAAAACAAGAGAAGUUCCAAGCAUGUCUAAUGGGAAAGCACAUGUUGCGGUGCUCUUUUCUGGUGGCGUUGAUUCUAUGGUUAUUGCAGCCCUCGCUGAUAAACAUGUGCCUUUGGAGGAACCAAUUGAUCUUCUCAAUGUAGCUUUCAUGAUAAAAGAACAAGCUAAGCAAAAGGGUAACACUAAAAAACAUAGCAACCAGGAAGUACAGCUUGACUUGCUUUGUCCUCAAGAAAGUUGUAAAGAUCUUCAUGCUAAAAUUGGUGCUCAUUUAUCUUGUUUUGAUGUUCCGGACAGAAUCACUGGUAGGGCAGGACUGAAAGAAUUAGAAGCCAUUAACCCUUCAAGAACCUGGAACUUUGUGGAAAUUAAUGUUGCACCAGAGGAAUUGAAAAAAAUGAGACAACAAAGCAUUAAGCACUUAAUUUAUCCACUGGAUACAGUCUUGGAUGACAGCAUUGGCUGUGCAAUUUGGUUUGCUUCCAGGGGAGAGGGUUUUAUUACUAACCAAGGAAGAUUGAAACCAUACAAAAGUCCUGCAAAGGUUGUGCUUACAGGAAUUGGAGCAGAUGAACAGCUUGCUGGGUAUUCUCGACACCGUGUUUGCUUCAAAAAAUAUGGAUUAGAGGGUCUGAAUAAAGAACUUGAAAUGGAGUUAGAUCGCAUUUCUUCUAGAAAUCUUGGUAGAGAUGACAGGAUUAUUGGCGAUCACGGAAAAGAAGCCAGGUUUCCUUUUCUUGAUGAAGAAGUUGUUUCAUUCCUCAAUUCUCUGCCCAUCUCAGAAAAAGCUGACUUGACUUUACCUCGAGGAGUUGGUGAGAAAUUGAUUCUACGCCUUGCAGCCAAGGAGCUUGGCCUUACAGCCUCAACCGUUUUGCCCAAAAGGGCUGUACAAUUUGGAUCUCGGAUUGCAAAACUAGAGAACAACAGUGAAAAAGCAUCUGACACAUGCAGCAGACUGAAGUUAUUUUCAGUAGAUGAAUUAUAAAGCUACAUCUUGAGAUGCUGCAUUUAUUCUAUAUACAAAUUCAGUAAAUCUUUGGAGUUUUCUUAGAAUGUUUGGUCUGGUUUUUUUACACACUUGGACAUUAUUAUUAAUCAUCAAAGUAAUAUGUGUAGAUGUCUACUUCUACUAGAGACUCACUAUGAAUCCAUCUUUGGGGGAGGAAGGGAAUACUGGGCUCUGGAGAAGACAGGAUAGCCAGAGGUUGGCUUUCUCACCCUUCCUAACUGAUGUCAGUGGCGCAAAAAGCAUAUUGAAUCUGUCCAAUCUGUCACGUACAUAGAAUUCGGUACGGUAGAUUUUCCUCUGGUGUAGAACAGGGCUGGUCUUGCAGCUGUGCUUUAGGAGAGGAUUCAGGUUAUGGUUUUAGAAGGGAGGGUGCAGUGAUAAGCUGGCCUGGGUUGCCACAGGCAAAAAGAGCUGAGGGUCUUGGGCCUUGUCACCUCAGAGAUCUGCCCUCUAAGAGUCAUGCUUGCCCUUUCAGUACUUGAGAAACAGACACCCCACACACGCCCUGGGUGUUUUGGGACCAUCCUGUGCAGCCUCCCAGUCCUCAGCCAGUUCUGCAGGACUGCGUUGGUUAGUGGUCCGCAGCCUGGGGCUACCUCUGCUCCCAGAGAAACUGGGAAGCUCCCUCCAGGCUGUUCUUUGUCCAUCAUUGGCUCCCUAGCUUGCUGCCUCUGCUUUUAGCUUUAGCUCUGCUACUUUUACUUCAAGUAAGAUCUCUUUUAAACAAAACAAAAAAGAUCCCUCUUUCAAAAAAAAAAAAAGUAUGUCGAUGCAAUCAUGGGGUAGAAAUACGAAUGGACUUCCUCUGAAAAAAAGCUUGAAUUAGCUUGUCUUUCUAACUGCGUAUGGAAGGAUUGCAAAGUUAACGUAAGAAAAACUGGGUACAUGCUCUCCAGUGUUUUUGGUAAGGUCAGAGCUUAGUACUCAACAUGCUACCUCACAAUUAUAUUUUUUCUGUUGGUCCAAGUAAGUGGAGAAAUCAAAAAUCAUACCAGAAAAAAAAUAAUCACUUUUCAUACAAAACAUAAUACAUCGAUUCCUACAAAGUCUCUCUAAGGGUGUAAGUAGGUUUUCAAAAUAAUUUUUCAAGUCUGUAAAGAAAUAUUAAAAAAACUUAAUUUUCAGUGCUUCAGAGCACUGGCAGAUUUCUUACCGGUGCUCUGAGGAAAGUGACUCCCUAGUACCUUACCCUGGGAUGUUUGCAAGAGUUCUUGCAUCUUGCUGUAAAGCAGGUGGAGGUUGGACCAAGAGGAAAAAUGAGGCUGAUGAAAUGCAACUACUGUUCAUUAGGUGUUAUCUCUGUAGUAGUGUUGGAGUGUUCCUAGGAGUUAUGUGUCACCUAGGCCACUAAGAAAAAAAGUUGCGCUUUUUGUACCCAGGCAAAUAGUUUCUGUUCCAAACUAAGAGGCCUCUAAUAUUUAGGGAAACAUGAGAAAUAAUUUUGGAAGGAUUCUAAAUAGUUUUAGGUAGGUUAAAAAGAAAACAUAUAAUUUGGUGUUGGCAAACUUUAUCCAGUUAUUCAUGAGAAAUUAAUUUAUCAUUAUUUAUAAUACUAUUAUUUGUAGAGUCUCUUGACCACGUUUGGUUCCAGAGGGAGAGGGAAAAGAAAAAAAGCUAUUUUAAAUUCAAUACUUGAUGUAUUUAAGUCGCAUUCUAUAACAUUUUGGAGCAACCUACAGGAACAUUACUGUGUUUUAAUCUCAUCCUUAAGAAAUUUAUUGUUUUCUUGCAAAUACUAGUAUAGUUCUUGAUUAAAUAAUAUUCUAUUUCUUUUUUGUUGUUGUUUUUUUUAGCCCCUCUAAGUAUUGUAUUUUAGAAACUGGAGAAUAUUGAAGAAUACUUGGGCCUCACAAAAGCGUUGCCUAGAGCUGAAUAAGCUGACAAGGCAACCCGCUUGUCAGACAGUAGCACAGGUAAAUGCUAGUGCCUUGUCUGCAAAGUCUGACAAAAGCAAGUAGCAAGAAUUAAUUACUACUGUGUCCUCUAGCUGGCUGGCUUCAAAAUAUGAGCGACAGCGCUCAGUAGAGAUUCCCAGAGAGAGACUGCUGGGCCAGCUAAAAAAAUCUGUGUACCCAGACAGCAACUUUGGAAGCACUGGUGGAUUCAGGUAUGUGCUGGUAUUAUUAAGAAGUCCAUCAGAUUUUGUGAGAAUUGGCUGCUGGAAUUUGCUGUUUAAACCUUCCAUAAAUUCAGAUGCAAAUUAUCAUCACAGUACUUCGUGUCAGAUUCCUCCAGCUGAUAGAAAAAUUGGACAAAUUUUUAUCAGUGUUGACUACACGGUAGAAGCUUAGGGCAUACAUACUGAAAGAGAAAUGUGUCUGGAUCUUAGAGUGCUUUGAAAUGAACGUUGAUACAGAUGGGAAAACCCAGACAGAUGGAAAUAUUUUUAGAGUUUUGUUCAGGAGGAGAGUACGAAAACUUUCCCAUUAAAAAAAUACCUGAUACUGCAUGUAGCUUAUACAUGGCGUUCCUAAAGCUGGGAUCAUUACUUGAAAAAAAUAUAGAUCGCUGGAUCUCCUGCAAAAUUAUAAGAUGAUAUGAAGUGCUGUAAAUUCACGCAUUUCCAAAAAAGCUCCGCAUCCACCGUGGUAUUUAAGUUAUUGGUUGGAUUUCCAAAAGUCCUCAGUACUCGGAAGCUCUCUCUAAGAAUAACAAGAGCUCCAGGCUUAAGAGAUGUAUUUUGAAGAAUUCAUAAGACACGUGUGUAUAUACUUUUUCCCCAAACACUCUACGUAGUUCUAUUUAUAUCAUUUACCAUAUCUGUAUAAUUAAGAUUCAAAAUUAGUUGCCUUGUUAUAUAAUAAAAAAGAUGAUGUUAGAGACAAAAGAAUCUUUUAAUGUUCUAACUUACAUAGAAGUAAUAGUUCCCAGUGUAUUAAUAACAAUACUAUCAGGUUAUAGUGCAUCUUACAAAUACAUUUUUAAAAAUAAAGACUAAUGUUUGCAUUUAGGUGGUACAAACGUAUUUUUAUGGAAGGCAACAAUAGCGUUCUAAAAUAUUUCAUUUCACCUUCUAGGUUUUUCUACUCAUUCCUGGUUUUGCAGGAUAUUUUGAUAUUCUUGAUAUUUCCACUAAGCAUGAAUUUUAGGAAACCUAUGAUGAAAAUACGAACGAAGAUCCAACUUACAACCCAAACAGUACAGUAAAAAAAAGUCUUUAUGCAAUAUGCUGAUAAUAGGCUAUUUAAAUUGACGCUUGCACUACAGAAGUGAAGCUACAUGAAAAUGUGUUUAGGUUUCAUGUGGCGAAUAGGUUCACCAAUGUGGUAAGAUCAACAGAGGCAUACUAAGAUACAAACCAAACCAGAUUGCAGCAGAGGCUAUCUCUUCAGCAAAAGCUUCUGAAGAAAUAAUUGGAAAAAAUCACGGCUAUCUGCAGGAAUAUACAGUACCUUAAGCUCCAUUUUUACUGGGGUUUAAAAAGAAGGUGGAAUGCCCAAAUUUAAGUAAACAUCUUCAGCCAUAUUCCAGUAAAAAACCCUAAAUUUACUGAUUUUUUAAAUUCAAAUUUUGCAUUGAUGUUUUUCUAUCUUCCAAAAUAUCACACCUUGCAGAUUUUUUGUAUUUAAAUUAUAUAUAUAUAUGUAUCUUUUAUAUUAAAUACUAAAAUAACUUGAGUGUUUUAAGCUAUUGACUUAUUGCUACUUCUAAGAAAGAAAAAACCCCACUUUUUUAUAUCUUGUGGAGUUAAAACUGAAAGAGAACCAUUUGGGUUUUUUGGACCAAAUUUCAAAUGUCAACAUUUUCAAUAUGCACAGAAAGAGUAUUUUUAUGUCCAUGGGGGAACUGAUUUCGAUGUUGGUACUCUGUCAGUAAAGGAUAUUUCAUCAGAGAUCGUGAUUCUAGUUUGCUGUCUGUCUUGUAACGUGCGUGUGUGUAUGUCUUUGCAGCUAAUAAAUCAUGACAGAAUAUUGUA